AUGCAAGGCCCUUAUGUGGGCAUUGACCCUUCGAACAACGAUCAAGAACCCGCCAUAGAGAUGACGAGGACACUUACUGGCAAGAAACGGCACUCGGGGCCUACUGCGUCACCCCUGAACAUGCUGAAGGCCCUACUUCCAGCAGCGGUCAUGAUACUGGCUGUUCUCUGGAUCAAUGCAUCCCACAUUUAUGGCCUAUUCCGUCAUCAAGGAGCUUAUGUUCACAGAGCGAAGGUCGCGCUAGCAGACUUUGACGGAAGCGACUUUGGCGACGCUCUGCGGUUAGCAGCAGCGUCGAACAAUGGGACUUACGGAUAUCCUACAUAUGUUAAUGUCAGCACUGCAGGCUCGUCUCCUGAGCAGAUCCGACAUGAGGUCUUCAAGGGCACAUACUGGGCAGCGAUUAUUGUGCAACCAGGAGCAACUACUCGCUUUGAGGAUGCCGUGAACGGUACCGCCGCACGAUACGAUUCCAGUAAUGUCUAUACAUACUAUCUACUAUCGGCGCGAUACUAUACCCUGUACGCCUCGAGCAUUCUCUCAACGACUGUCACCACCGCAUCAGUCGCAUCAAGCGUCUUCAGCGCCGAGUUCAUAACACCCCGCCUCGCCAGCGGCUCAUUUGCCAACAACACCGCUGCGCUAUCUGCUCUCACCAGUCCCGCACGCGCUGUUGAAGCCCAGGCCGGAUCCCAAGACUUCGCCAAUCUGGACGACAAAGCCUUCAUCAACACCAUUGGCACCGUCUUUCCUAUCCUUAUGCAAUUCUUCUUCAUUAUGGCCUGGAACGGCAUAUGCAAUGGCAUGCACUUGUACGCCGCCUACGAUUUGCGCACACACAUCCUCGCCCGCCUGUUUUGGAGCACCGUCUGGCCCAUAUUCACCAGUCUGUGCACUGCAGGAUGGACGUUUGCAUUCCGCGGCUCUUACCAUAUCGAUGCGAAGAUGUUCUUUGCGUUCUGGGCUGUGACAUGGGUGUUUAGCAUGAUCCACUUCGAUGUGCUGGAUAUCAUCACUGGAUUUAUACCCAUGGCUUUUGUGCCAUUCCUUUUCCUCACUUGGGUCAUCUUCAACGUUGCGGCGUCGCUUGGACCGGAGGAAAUCCUCAACCACUGGUAUAGGAUCAGCUACUUCUUUCCAUCGCUACAUUGGUACCGAACAUUCAUCACCAUCAUCACACAGGGCGGCGUCAACAGGCUGUACUACACGCUACCUGUUCUUGCUGCUUGGCUGGUCCUCGCAAAGGUUACAAGUCCACUGGCUACGAGAAAUCGUGUACGAAAGGCGCAGGAGGUGUACAAGUGGUACAACGAGAGGCACGCUAUUGGUGGCCCUCACUAA